UCUCUUUGUCUCUCUCUAUCUCUCUCUCUCUCUCCCCCUCAUCUCUCUCUCUCUCUUCGCAGCCUUUCAAACCCUAGACGUCCUCGAAGUCCGUGCGUUGAGGAGCCUCGAGGACUAGAAGGUUCCCGAUUUCUGUCAUCUCCGAGCUCAGAUUCGGCCCCGGAGCUGUGAGAUUAGGCCUGUGCCCUUCGAAUUCAAGGUUCCGCCGCUUGAUUCACCUCCCCCUGCGGAUUCUGUCGUCGGAUCGGUUGCUGGAGUCGGGUUCGGCCGGUUUGAGGUCCGGAAAUGUCGUCCCUCAGCAGAGAAUUGGUGUUCCUCAUACUUCAAUUCCUCGAGGAAGAGAAGUUCAAGGAGUCUGUUCACAAGCUCGAGAAAGAAUCUGGCUUUUACUUCAAUAUGAAGUACUUUGAGGAGAAAGUUCAAGCUGGAGAGUGGGAUGAGGUCGAGAAGUACUUGACAGGUUUUACCAAAGUCGAUGACAACAGAUAUUCAAUGAAGAUUUUUUUUGAAAUUAGGAAGCAGAAGUACCUUGAAGCACUCGAUCGGCAAGACAAGGCUAAAGCAGUGGAGAUUUUAGUGAGCGAUUUGAAAGUAUUCUCCACCUUCAAUGAGGAAUUGUAUAAAGAAAUCACCCAGCUCCUAACUCUCGGGAAUUUCAGGGAAAAUGAGCAGCUAUCUAAGUAUGGUGAUACAAAGACUGCCAGGAACAUAAUGUUGAUAGAGCUGAAGAAACUUAUAGAAGCAAAUCCCCUGUUCCGUGAUAAGCUUGUAUUUCCUGCUUUGAAGUCUUCGAGGUUGAGGACUUUAAUUAAUCAGAGUUUGAACUGGCAGCACCAGCUAUGCAAGAACCCUAGGCCAAAUCCAGACAUCAAAACUUUGUUUACUGAUCAUACAUGUACACCUUCAAAUGGUCCUCUUGCUCCCACAGCUGUCAACCUUCCAGUUGCAAAACCUGCUGCUUACCCGGCUCUCGAGCUCAGGUGAGUAUUGGAUAGUAUAUAUGUUUA